AGGAUUAAAUAUUUUACUGUUACUCGAACAGGACUACAACAACCUCAGACACAUCACCUCAGGGACAGACUUUGAGCCUUUAGUGUAAGACUCGUCGUAAGAGUGUGCAGUGGUCACAGGCGGGGGCCUCUGAGGAUAUUGUGCACCCUAAUGGAAAAAAUACUCCGCUGUGGUUUGACAGCAGUGUUUUUGUUUUCAUAUUUUUAUGGAAUCACUGGUCAAACAUGUGAAGGACAGUGUGGCAAAAAACUCGACACAUGUUCUUGCCAUGUGACAUGUAUUUCCUUAGAAAACUGCUGUGACAACUUUAAGGAGUUCUGUGUUGAUACCUUUCCAUACUCUGGAUCUAUAUUUGGAGGAACAGAUUUUGUGAUCCUCAAUGCAACUUUCAAUCAAAACUCCAGCGUAACCUGUCGGUUUAACAGAGGGAUAGUAACUGAGGGCUAUGUGGACGCAGAGAGUCGGGGCCACUGCAUAUCGCCUCUUCUUUAUCAGACAGGAUGGAUUCUAUUGGAGAUUUCCACUGAUGGAACAACGUACAACCGACAGGGAUCCUGGCUGUCAGUUCAUCCAGGAAAAUUGGACCCACGCUUCAAGGUGACACUGGUGAAUUCCACACAGUGGCAGUACUACGGUACUCCCAACGUAGGAGGAACCCUUCGCAUGACGUGGAACACCUCACUGGUCAGGGCUGAAAAUGUCAACUUGGAACUGUGGGGCUACAGAGAGGAAGGAGAGGCUUAUUCAGAAUCCUGGACAGCUGAAUGGAAGUACCUGUACUCCCUGGUCAGAGGAUACCCCAACAAUGGCAACUUCACCUUUGUUCCCAGUGUGGCAGACAAGCCCUUCUUAGACUGGGAGCUGGGCUGCGUCCGGGUCAGCCCUAGUGCUUACCCUGAUGGGAAACGUGAUGUCCAUGCUGUCUGGAGUGAAGACCAUGCCCUGGCUUGGCACCUGGAGGAGAAGUUCAGAGAGAACUCUGCAGCGUGGGCGCUGGACAAAUGCAUACAGUGGGACCAGCUGGAGAAAAGCUUGCCCAGUUUCCUGGAUGAGACCAUUGACUGUCCGUGCACACUGGCACAAGCAAGAGCAGACACGGGCCGGUUUCAUACUGACUACGGAUGUGACAUAGAGAAAGGGAGUGUGUGCACAUAUCAUCCUGGGAGUGUCCACUGUGUGAGAGCCAUACAGGCCAGCCCCAAGUAUGCGGCGGGACAGCAAUGUUGCUAUGACAGCACGGGGGCCCAGGUUCUGACCUCGGAUUCCAUCGGGGGGAGCACCCCAGAUCGGGGACAUGAUUGGGGAUCACCCCCAUACCGAAACCCCCCCAGGAUUCCUGGAGCAUCCCACUGGGUUUACGAUGUGCUCAGCUUCUACUACUGCUGCCUGUGGUCAGACAACUGUCACUACUAUUUCACACACCGGCCCUCCAGUGACUGCAGGACAUACACGCCUCCGAAAGCAGGUGCAGUGUUUGGAGAUCCCCACCUUAUCACCUUUGAUGGCACGAGAUACACCUUCAAUGGAAAGGGGGAGUAUUCACUAGUUGUUUCUGAGGCAAAGCAUUUUGUGGUUCAGGGAAGAACAGAGCAACUGACAGAUCCACAGAGUGGAGCGUUGGUCAGUGCCACCAAGCUUUCCGCUGUUGCCAUGAGAGAAGGGGAGUCUGAUGUCAUUGAGGUGCGACUCGACCAGCUGAAAGACAGUUUGCAGGUUCUCAGGAAACAGAUGCCCCUCUCCUUCACAGAACAAACCUGGAUGGACCUCAAAGGUGUCUUUGUAUUCUCCCCAGUACCACACAACGUGACAGUCAUGUUCCCCUCUGGGGCCGGGGUAGAGGUGCGGAGGAGAGAAGGAACUAUGGCAGCCACAGUCCUGCUUCCUGAAGAGUUCAGAGACACUACCCAAGGGCUGCUUGGAAAGAUGAAUGAUGAUCCAAAGGAUGACCUUGUCUCCAGCAGCGGGAACACUGUGCCAGAUGCAAGCAAUGCUGAGGAAGUGUACACAUUUGGAGCAAGCUGGGCGAUCCUGAACGAGUCAUCCCUCUUUACCUAUGACUCCAAGUACCUGCUGGACUCAUACCUGUUUGCCCCCAAGCACGAUCCAGCUUUCUCUCCAGCGUUCGCUAUCCCCGACAAUCCAGACGACCCCCUGCUGAACGAGGCAUCCAAGCUGUGCACUGGCGGCGGCUCUAAGUUCUGCAGAUAUGACACCCUGGUGGCACGCAGCCUCAGUGUGGGAAAUGCCACCCGCGUGUCUUUCAAUAGCCACGCUACUAUUGCUGAGGACCUUAGCGCAGUGGUGUCCUGUGGUUGGAUUACUUCACCGAGUAAUGGCGAGAAGGACGGCACAACAUAUUUGCAGGGAUUCACAGUAAAGUUCACUUGCAAUACUGGCUAUGUCCUGCAGGGGCCAAAAGAGCGCACGUGUCAAAGCAAUGGCCAGUGGACAGGGGAGCUCACGCAGUGCACUGCUGAGAGCGGGGCAGGGAACAACACUCUUGGCAUUGUUCUGGGCAUCGUCAUUGGGGCUAUUGCUCUUGCGACCAUAUUGACUGUAAUAAUUCUCCACAGCAGGAAACACAAGAGAGCAACCCAAAAACAGGAAGAAGAUGAGGCUUUCUGAUCCUAGUAUCACACGAUGGCACUUCAGAUUCUGUGUGUCACUGAUAUUCUUUCAUGAUGUGAGUGUAUCAUGUCAGAAACUCACCAAAUACAGUAUACCAUUAGGUGCAUCAGAGACAACUCUUUCUAUUUUACCCCAAUUGUCAAUCCCUAUGUUAAUAAUAGGCCGUACUUUGUUUGUGAAUAUUUGUAUGAAAAUUACUGAAUAGAUUUUUGGCCUUUUUUGUAUUUUCUGUGAUAUGUAUACUUCAGCAAAUAAUAAAAUCAUGGCAAUCAA